CCGCCGCCCCCUUACUCUCCUCGCGCAACUUCGAGUAAUAAUAUUCCCAAUUCGCCCGCCGACCCCUCGAAUUCCAUACAAGUCGCGGAUGACUCGCCCUACUCCUUCCUGCGCACCUUUGACACCAUCUUCCUGAUUGACGACUCGGGUUCCAUGGCCGGCCGGUCGUGGCGAGAGACCUCUGCGGCACUUGCGGCCAUCGCCCCGAUCUGCACGGCCCACGACCCGGACGGCAUCGACGUCUACUUCCUGAACCACCGCAACCCGCACACCACGGGCAGCGAGGGCGGGUACACGAACAUCGCCACCACGGCGGCGGUGCAGAGCCUGUUCCAAAACGUGCGCCCGCUGGGGGGCACCCCGACGGGGACGCGCCUGAACCAAAUCCUGAAGCCGUACCUCGCGAAACUGUCCGAGUCGGCCGACCGCCAGUCCUCCGCCGCCGCCGACGCCCCCGCGGUCCGCCCGCUCAACAUCAUCGUCAUCACCGACGGCGUGCCCUCGGACGACGUCGAGAGCGUCAUCGUCAACGCCGCCCGCAAGCUCGACGCCCUCUCCGCCGAGCCCUGGCAGGUGGGCAUCCAGUUCUUCCAGGUCGGCCGCGAGCCCGAGGCCGCCGACAUGCUCCGCGAACUCGACGACGCGCUGAGCGGCGAGUACCACAUCCGCGACAUGGUCGACACGGUGCCGUGGAACGGCGAGGAAGGCGGCAGCGCCGGUGGCGACGACGACCAAGGCCUCACCGCGCAGGGGCUGUUGAAGGUGUGCCUGGGCAGCGUGGUCCGACGGUGGGAUCGGCGGCAGGCUUAAAAUUUCUAAACACCGGUUUCACGUCACAACCAAUGUUAGUGCAAAAGUGGGAUUGGGGUGAUCCUGUGAAAGGUUCGCUAGCGAGGCUUUUCCGAUAUCCUCCAACUUUCAAUGAAGGUCUAUCAUAUACAGUGUGAGAUACGCAGCGGCUUACGUCAAUAGCGGACCAUGACGCUCUAUCAGAGGAGAAUUCAAUUCGGUAGCUAGGCGAAAUGGAAAAAGCCACUUUGCGACUUGAGGUUGAAAAGACAAAACACGUCACGCCUAGCGAAAUCAAGAAUGCUUUCACCCACGCCCUAAUCGCUCCAAUUCAUCAACUCUGUUGCGUUCUAUAGGUCGGUAUGCCAGCGCCAUGGCCUCAGAAGCCCCCUCCCGUGAAAGACUUCGCCCUCCAAUCGGUGGAAUACACAACACUUUGAGGGUUCAGCCGAAGCCCCGAAUUCCUCCUUGUAUGUCUUGCCGGGUUUGAUACUGUAUGGUCGAAACUACCAAUAGGGAGUCCUGCUCGAACUGAUGUUCAUUGGGUGACUCCGGUUUUCUUGAGUUCCACUCACUCCCGAGAGAUGGGUGCUCUGAGGGGCUCUGAUGGGUUCAACAUUACUCUGGCGCGGAAUCUCACCAGGCGAGGCGCCCCACCACACGGGCUGCCGAUUCGUAUUCUCGACCGUCGCCAUUAUCCAACCCUCAAUCCCCGCUGUCAAGGGGCGGUUAUUUUGAGGAAGGCAACCGCCGAAGGUAUGGCCCGUUUGGGGGUAAGUGGCGUGGCUCAGGUUCCCUUGGGUAUUGAUGAUGGCGGGGUGACCCAGGGACGACACCGACGUAGAGGGAGGACUGACAGUACUCGAGUCAAUCGAUGUGCGCUCGAGAGGCCUACGAGCCAAUGCUACCCUCCGGACGGGCGCGGGGGCGUAGGAGCCCGUGUCGUAGUGCGCGUAUGCUAAGUCGAUAUGAGCACCGACUAAACUCUCUGUGAAGAUCACUCUAGAAUUUGGAGAUUUCGACUCACAACAUUCUGCUUCCGAG